CUACCGCCCUGAGCCGCCCGCCAUCUUGGGUGCCCGUAUGCAGUUCAGAGAAGGGGGGAAUGAAAUUGCACAAGCCGGAAGAAAGGAUGAAGGACUGAGUCCUCGGCUGGAGUCUCUUCGAGACUCACUGAGAAAGAACGUGUGUUGGGAAAGAUCCGCAGGGUCCUCCACACAUCUGUAUCCCACCGUGGCUCCCGUCCUAGGGGUGCUGAGACCCCCUGCCUUCCCUGGGAAUGGUACGGUCCGGCAGUGCACCGGGCAAAGCCUUCCGGCGGGGAGAGGCCACUGCGCGUGUGGGCCGGUCCAGUCCGCAGAGAGCGGCGGGAUGGCGCUGCCGGGUGGAAAUAAGGAUAAUAUCAGAGCUGGAUGCAAGAAGUGUGGCUACCCUGGUCAUCUGACAUUUGAAUGUCGAAACUUCCUCCGAGUAGAUCCUCAAAGAGAUAUUGUUUUAGACGUUAGCAGCACUAGCAGUGAGGACAGCGAGGAAGAGGAACUACAGAGAUUACAAGCCAUGCGUGAAAAAAAGAAUCUAAAUGAAGAGGAAGAAAAAAAGAAACAAAAAAGAAAAAGCAAGGAGAAAACAAGAUUAAAAAGACCGAGGAAAAGAUCUUCCUCGUCAAGUUCAGCAGAAGAGGAUGAGCCAAAGUCAAAAAAACAAAAAUCACACAAAAAAGAAAAGGAAAAGGGGAAAAAGCAUAAAUCUAAGAAAGGAAAGCAUCAUAAAAAAGAGAAAAAGAAGAGACGAAAGGAAAAAAGCUCAUCUUCGAACAGUUCAGACAGUUCGAGUAGUGACUGACAUGGUGGUCUACUUUUGCUUUUGAUUCUGCAGAGAAGAUGAUUUUCCUUUCAUAGCAAGUUUAUUUAUGCUUUGCAAUGCUGUUUUAAAAUGGGAUAUAUUUUUUGAGAAAUCUAUUAGCAUACAUCAGUGCAUAAAAUUAUUAGAUGGACCAUUUUAUGAAAAAAAAUCUGCUUUUCUAUUUCAGGUUUAUUAAUACUAUACCAUGCAACUACUUCUUCAUUCUUAUUUUUAAUUCAGCUGUGAUCUUGUGUGAAAUCCUUUAUAGUAGGAUGUGGUGAAUUUCAGUUCACAAGCCUUUGUGUAGAAAGAUAUGGACUUAAAUAUGCUUAAUGUCAGAAUGGUUACAUCAAAUUUGGAAAUUCAAGUGAGAUUUUCUAUUAUCCUUUAAAUAAAUGUAUGUUUUACACAACACU